GAUUUCCCUCUGCAUCAGAUCUCAUCACAGUUUGUGCAAGCUCCAUCAUCUCCUGUAAACACUGCAAAACAAAAAACACACAAUAACAUCCAGUGGUUACAAAUCAGUGUUGAUGAGAGUUGACAAAUCAUGGGUAGUUGGAAUACAUGAAACUGCCAAAAUGUCUUCAAUCCUAGGGCUCCCUACACGAGGAUCAGAUGUAACAAUUCUCAUUACCAGGGUCCACUUGCAUCCCCUCUGUGUGCUUGUGGAAUUCUGGGGAAAAUUUAGCCAGGAGAAGACAGUAGAUUAUGAGUGCCUGGCUAAAGACAUUCAGUCUCCUGGAAACACAUUUCAAGAGUUUGAAGGAAGUCCUGGUGACCAGUGCUUGGCUCAGAUAGAUGGUACUUGGUACAGGUCCCGCAUAGUCUCAAGAAAUGGCUCGAAAUACACAGUGUUCCUCAUUGACAAAGGGAUGACGUCUAUAACCACGACAAGUAAGCUGGCAUGGGGUAAGAAGGAGGACUUUCACCUGCCACCCGAAGUAGAAUUUUGUGUACUAGCUAAUGUGUUACCACUCUCACCUGAGAACAGAUGGUCUCCAGUGGCUCUCGAAUUUCUGAAAUCUCUCUCUGGGAAGUCUGUGAAGGCACAUGUGCAAGAUGUACUAGUGCCCCACAGAACCUUUCUCCUACACAUUUCCUGCAUAUCCAAACAGAUGUACGAGAUGGGAUUUGCCAAAAAGCUGUCUCCAGAUGUCUUCCAGGACUUUGUACUCAAGUCACUGCAGUCCCCUUGUGCACCUCAAGUGCCACCAGAGACUCAGAAGAUCUCCAUGGGAGCAGGUGAGCGACUGCACAAGCAGGAGCUCUUUAUGUACCCAGAGCUGCCAGCAGGAACUGUGGAGACCGUCAUAGUCACAGAAGUGACAAAUCCACAGCGUAUUUUUUGCCAGUUGAAGGUCUUCUCACAAGAGCUGAAGAAACUCUCAGAGCAAAUCACACAGUGCUGUGAGGGCAGAAUGACCAGUUGCAUUGUAGGCCCAGAAAUGAUUGGUUUUCCAUGUGCUGCAAGAGGAAGUGAUGGCCGAUGGUACCGCUCUGUUCUACAGCAGGUAUUCCCAGCCAACAGAAUGGUGGAAGUGUUGCACGUUGACUAUGGAACAAAACAGUUUGUUCAAGUGGAGAAUGUCAGACCACUGGCUGCAGAAUUCUUCAGGAUGCCCGUUGUAACUUACAUCUGUUCCCUCCAUGGAGUCAUUGACAAAGGUGUUGGAUGGACAACUGGCCAGAUUGACUUUCUCAGGAACCUUCUUCUGUGCAAGACAGUGAUAGCCAAAUUUGAAUACCAGAGCAUCUCUGAGGGUGUUCACUAUGUCACACUUUAUGGGGAUGAAAACACAAACAUUAACAAUUUGUUUGGUUCCAAGGAGAGCUGUUUGCUGCAGUGUGAGAAAACGCUUGGAGAUUAUGCCAUUUGUAGCAGUGCAUACAGCCACCAGCAUCAAGCACAAAAAGAAAGAAAUCAAAGAAAGAUGUUAAAUCCUGGAAAGACUGGAGAGGAGACAAAGGGGAAAGGAGUAGCAGAGAAGUUACCAGCAGAAGACCUCUCUCUGAACUCCUCACAUGUUGCAGUUGUUCAGCAUGUAUCCAACCCAUCAGAGUUUUGGAUCCAAACACAGAACUAUGCAAAUGAGUUGGAGGAACUGAUGGAUUGUAUUUAUCAUUUGUACAGAGAUUCAGAGAACAAAGAUGUGGUGAAAAAUCCAACUGUUGGGCUCUACUGUGCUGCCAAGGCAGAUGAUGGUGACUUCUACAGAGCAACUGUGUCUGAAGUUGGUGAGACACAAAUCGAAGUCUUCUUUGUUGAUUAUGGAAACACUGAAGUAGUUGACAGGAGUAACAUCAGGACCCUUCCUGACAAGUUCAAAAGGCUGCCGAGGCUUGCCCUGAAAUGCACCCUGGCUGGUGUCAGACCAAAAGGUGGGAGAUGGAGUCAAAGUGCCUUACAGUUUUUCCUCAAAUCUGUCACAGAUAGAGUACUAAAUGUACAUGUCACAGCAAAACAUGAUGAUGUCUAUGUUGUCCAACUGUCAGAUCCCAAAGCUCAGGGAGAAAGAGAUCUCAGUACACUGAUGUGUAGUUCUAACCUUUCUGAAACAGCUGAGACACAGAAACAUCCCAAAGCCAAAAUUACUAUACAACCUGCUAUUCUGCCUCCCACACAAAAUCCAGAUGCCAGACUCUCAGGUGUAUGUAUGAAUAAUGGCAUGUCUUUCCAGACCCAAAACACUGUUGGCCCUGCCAGCAAUCAAAGAAGCAUUCCUACAUUCAAGGAGCACAUGUUUCCCAUUGGGAGUAUCCUUGAUGUCUCUGUGUCCUACAUCCAAAGCCCAAACGACUUCUGGUGUCAACUAGUACAAAAUGCAGGACACUUGAAAUUGCUCAUGCAUGACAUACAGACUCAUUAUGCAGGCAGUGAGUUUCAGCCUCUUGUAGAAACGGCUUGUAUUGCUCGCCACCCUGAUAAUGGAAUGUGGUACAGGGCCCUUGUAAUUCACAAACAUGAAACGCCUCAUGUGGACGUGUUGUUUGUUGAUUAUGGCCAGACAGAAACCAUCUCCCUCUGUGACCUGAGGAGGAUAUGCCCAGAAUUCCUCACUCUGCAUGGUCAAGCUUUUCGAUGCAGUCUGUUAAACCCUGUUGACCCCACAUCUGCCAUAAAUGAGUGGAAUGAUGAAGCAGUGGCAAGAUUCCACAACUUUGUGGAAACUGCUGCAUCCAACUUUGUCAUUUUAAAGUGCACCAUAUAUGCUGUCAUGUACAGUGAGCAAAAGAUUGUUUUCAACAUUGUGGAUUUGGAAACUCCCUUUGAGAGUAUCUGUACCAGCAUGAUAAAUCUUGUGAGAAGUGCACCUCCCAAGAAAGCAUCUGGACCAUCUUUCCGUCUGGACACAUACUACUACUCAACGCACAAUGUCAAAACUGGGACAGAGGAACAGGUCACAGUGACAUGUGUAAACAAUGUCAAUCAGUUCUACUGCCAGCUAGAGAGGAACGCUGAUGUGUUGAAAGAUCUUAAGAUCAAAGUGGGCAAUCUUUGCCAUCAGCUGGAGAAUGUAAAGCUCCCAGCAGUCUUUGGAACUUUGUGCUUUGCCAAGUACACUGAUGGACACUGGUACAGGGGACAAAUCAAGGCCACAAAGCCAGCAAUUCUGGUUCACUUUGUGGAUUAUGGUGACACUAUUGAGGUGGACAAAUCUGACUUGCUUCCAGUACCCAGAGAGGCUCAUGACAUCAUGUCUGUGCCUGUGCAAGCAGUUGUUUGUAGUCUCUCUGAUGUCCCUGCCAAUGUUCCCAGUGAGGUGAAUAGCUGGUUUGAGACAAGUGCAACAGAAUCUAAAUUCCGAGCACUAGUAGUGGCCAAAGAACCUGAUGGGAAACUUCUGGUUGAGCUGUAUCAUGGAAACACUCAGAUUAAUUCAAAGAUCAAAAGGAUGUUUCAGAUCGAGAUGUGCACAGAAGAGCGGGUUGUCUACCAGGGUUGGAAAGCUCUUGAGGCCUCAGCAAAACAUGGGCAAAAGCCUCCAAAAGCUGUUCCGAAACAACCUACAGAAAUGGAAGAUCACACACAAACUAUCAAACUAUCAGCACAUCAAAUGAGAGAUGAGCCAAAAUCUGCCAACAUGAAUCUGCAGUCUGCACCAAAGUCUUCACGCCACAUUUGCGAAAACGGUCAGAAGGUCAAAGCUGCUCCAUUACAGCUGUACAGACCUCCUCACCAAAGACAGUUGUGUGAAAAGACACCAACUUAUAAGGGAAAUGGUUCUGAGCCUGUAGGUGCCCAUGUCAAACCAAGAAAAGAGAAUUUCCUGACAGCCACUAAACAGCUGAUCAAGUCCAAAUUACCUGGUGCAGAAUCUCGGGAGGAAAGCAAUGCUGAAAAACUGCCUAAACUUGCAGACCUACCCUCAAAAUCUAUCACAUCAGGUAUGGAAGCUGAUGUUUAUGUCUCACACUGCAACAGCCCUUUGAGUUUUUACGUUCAACUUGUCAGUGAGGAGGAUGAAAUAUUCUCCGUUGUUGAAAAGCUCAAUGACCCCAAAUCUAUCCCAGGAAGCAAUGCCAUCAAAGAUGUACAUCCAGGUGACCUUAUUCAAGCAGAGUUUGCAGAUGACUCCUCGUGGUAUCGAGCAGUUGUAAGAGAAAUCCACAGCAACAUGAUGGCUCUUGUUGAGUUUGUUGAUUUUGGAAAUACAGCAAUGACACCAGUUUCUAAGAUGGGCAGACUCCAUAAAGCUUUCUUGCAACUACCCAAGUACAGCACACACUGCAUGCUGAGUGAUGCUACAGCUCUUGAGAAAGAAGACGUGCUUAAUCCAAAAGUGCUGUCAGCUUUCAAAGAAGACGUUGGUGGUGAUGGAGUCAAGAUGCUCAAGUGCCGGUUUAUCAGGUUGUCAGGAUCUGUGUGGGAAGUCACUCUGGAAGACAGUGGUGUGAAUGUCAUAUGUAAAGUACCUACUAGAUGUUCAACUGAUGGAUCAGAAAUUGCCUCAGAGAAACUGGAGCAAAUGAAGAAAAACCCUGCUCAGAACUCAGAGAAACUGCCACUCAACUCCUGUUCUUUACAUUACUGUCAACAAGAGUUUUUAGAGGAACAGCACUUGCAGAUCUACAUCACAACUAUAAAUGAUGCUCAUUCCUUUUGGUGUCAGUGUGCUGACUCAGAAGAACUGGACACGAUAACAUCAAGUGUCACAGAAGUUGGGAAGGCAAUCAGUCACACACAUAUUGACCCAGACACCCUAUCCCCUGGCAGUCCAUGCAUUGCUCUCUUUUCUGAUGAUCAUCUUUGGUAUCGUGCAGAGGUUGUUGACAAAAAUGGAGAUGAGGUGUCUGUCCUCUUUGUGGACUAUGGAAACAAGUCCCAAGUCAAUAUUACAGAUGUGAGGGAAAUACCCCCUGAUUUGGUGGAAUAUCCUCCACAGGCGUUUUUGUGUGAGCUUGAAGGCUUUGAUUCUUUAUGUGGAUCUUGGGACAGUGAUGCAGUAGAUGCAUUGUCUACACUUACAACAGACAAGUUGUUACAGCUGACUGUCACUAGAGUAACAAGAGAUGAAGAAAACUUCAAGUGCUUUGUGCAGAUGGAAUGCGAUGGCCAGGUGAUAAAUGACGCAAUGAAAACCUGGUGGAAGAGUUCCACAACAGAAAACAAACCUGAUGCAGGAGGACUGACCACUUUAUAUAAACCACCACUGCAAUAUGACUCAACUGUGAAAGAGGCUGCAUCACUUGAGGAUCAACUAGAGUAUCCCAAAAGCCAAGAAAUGGAUACUGCUGUUGCUUGCAUUCGCCCCCAGAGAGACCAUAGUGAAGAGCAGUUCACCGACAAUCUAGUUUACCCAGACAGAGCAGAUGAGGUUGAACUAGCAAGCAGUCCAAAGACCAGUGAAAUCCCUGAAGAUUCUAUCGAUUUGAUCUCUUUCUCCGAGUCUCCAAGAGAUGAGAUGGAUCAGAAAUUGUUGGAAUGUAAUACAGCUGUCGGACCUCAAAAGAGUGCUUCCAUUGAAGAGGUGAACAUAGUCCCAACUAUGGUGAUCUGUCAGACUGAACCCAAAGACAUUUUGUCACAUGAUAGUGACACAGAAGAAACCAUGUUACCUCCACUUGGUAACAAAGGUGACCAAGGUAUUUUGACCUUGAGCUGUGACAAGGAUGUGGAUGAAAAUGACAAAGGCUCUGAAGAGGAAGGGACUUCAGUGAUUGACACUUUUGGACCAGAUGACCUAAAUUCUCCAUUGGAUGAGAACCUUAAAGAGGCCAUGGAUAAGUCAGAGAUUCCAACGACAGAGUCUUCAGCUGAAGAGGUGACUACCUACAACAUUGGAAGCAGCUCUGACGUGAUUUAUUCUGAUCCUGCUAAUGACAGAGAUGACAGUAAGACUGCCAUCACAAGGGACUAUUCUCUUACCAGUGUGACAGUAGUGACAAUGGUAAAUUCUGUUAGUGACUUUUGUAUGUUCCAUGAUGAAGCUGUUUGUCCCAGGGAUAGCACUGAUCUGCAUGAGACAACUGAUAUGAUUCCUGAAGAUUUAAAGCAGAUUCAUACUGAUUUGGAGCUGCCCUCUUUGGCGCUGCCUACUCUACAGGGUGAUGCUCCCACAGAGCAGGAAAUUGAAGCUGGAGUUGGUGUCCCGGAGGUAUCAUGUGUUGCCAUACAUGUCAAGAAUGACUCGAUGGCUGAAGAGGAAAUCUUGGCUCAUCACGAGGACACAUAUUCUGUCCUGCCAGCUGAUACUGAUACAGCAGCCAGCGAGCCAGCAGUUCCCUCUCCAGAUAUGGGUGAUGAGAUUGAAGAGGUGCCUUGGUUGACAGAUGUCUGCACAGAUCCAGAUGAGUCAAGUGGUGAGAGCAAAGCCAGUAGCGCAAGAGAAGAUUGUCUAAUCAGUCUGGCAGCAGAGGAAAUGUUUCCCCAAGAGGAUGGUAGUCCUGAUGUACAAGGUGAUCUGCAUAAGACAACAGCUCAAGAAUCAAAUGAGGUCCUGAGUGAAUCACUUGGAGCUCCUUCAGAGCAUGACAUGGAAGUUAGAGACAUUUCCCUACAGGGUGAGGCCAUGCCUAACAAGGACAACCUAAUGACUGAAGACGAGACAUCAGCUCUUCAUGAAGAUAAAUUUUCUGCUCUGCCAUCUGACCCUGAGCCACAUACCCACUGUCCAGAUAUGACUGACCUGGUGGAGGAGGUGACCUGUCUUGUUGGAGAGAUCUGUUUGUCAGAUGGCUGCAGAGACCAGCAACAAAUGGCUGAAAUGAAGGACAGUGAGGAGCUGGUGCAUACACCACCCGAACAAACAGAGGAUUUUGAUGAUAGUGAGCUUUCCGAAGAAAUGUCGUCUUCUGCUGAUGACAGUUUUGAGGUCCAGCUGUCAAAGAUAACCCACCUCUCUCUGAUCAUCAAUAAUGGUUGUGCUGAUGAUCUGCCUGUUGAGCAGCAACCAGAGGAGUAACUGCCUUCUGUGUCUUUGUCAGACACCUCAAAUCAAAGUUUAUCAACUAUCGACAAAUGCUUUAGUUACAUUAAACAGGGUCAAGUUCA